AUGGGCCAAGGCUACUCCCUCACGACACUGUCCGCAGGCUCUGCAGGCAUAGAUGUCCCGGAGCUUGCUGAUUUGGUGUAUGAGAAGUCCAUGGGUGGGGGUAGAUUCAUGAAGAGUAUCCGUGCGAGGCAGCAGAAUGGGCUUGUGUUCGUCAAGGUGAUAAUGAAGCCAUACCCAACAAUGCAGCUUGAGCCAUAUGUCAAGGCUUUAAUAAGGGAACGAAAGCUUUUGUCAGAUGUGCCAAAUGCUUUGAGCUAUGAGAGGAUCCUGGAGACCGGUACUAGUGGUUAUCUGGUUCGCCAAUACAUUCAUAGCUCACUUUACGACCGCAUAAGCAUGCGCCCCUUCUUGGAGGAUAUCGAGAAGAAAUGGAUCGCAUUCCAGCUCCUGUGUGCGUUGCGAGACGCUCACUCUUUGGAUGUCUUCCAUGGUGAUAUCAAGACCGAGAAUGUGCUGGUCACAUCCUGGAAUUGGCUCUACUUGUCCGACUUUUCCUCGUCUUUUAAACCGACAUUUCUUCCAGAGGACAACCCUGCAGACUUCUCGUUCUAUUUCGACAUCUCUGGUCGACGCACGUGCUAUCUCGCUCCCGAGCGCUUCCUCGAAGCCGGAGAAGAGCCUGGGAGUCGCGAUGUAAACUGGGCAAUGGACAUCUUUAGCGCAGGUUGUGUCAUUGCUGAGCUUUUUCUGGAGGCCCCAAUCUUUACGCUCAGUCAAAUGUACAAGUAUCGCAAGGGUGAAUAUAGCCCAGAGCACAGUCACCUUGUGAAAAUCGAAGAUCCAGAAAUUCGAGACCUAAUUUCGCACAUGAUCCAGCUGGAUCCAGAAGCACGUUAUUCUGCUGAAGAGUAUCUCAAUUUCUGGAAGACCAAGGCUUUCCCUGAAUACUUCUACAGCUUUCUUCACCAGUACAUGUCGCUCAUGACUGAUCCAUCCUCCGGUAGGACAAGGGUUGACGCAGAGACGAACAACCGGGGAGAAACCGAUGACCGAAUUGAGAGACUCUUCUUCGACUUUGACAAGAUUUUCUACUUUCUCGGAAUUCCUCCGCGCGCGUCAAAACCUUUCAGCCCUGAUACAGAUGUAGGGCCUAGGCUCACCGGCAACAGUCUUCCUGUGAAGCUUAACCUACCUGUUGGUAGUAAUGAAGACGUGCCGCCCACGGAUGUUUUACCGCGUCCACGGUCCGACGAAGGCAUCCUGAUCUUCUUGAGUCUUGUUGUGUCCAACUUGCGCACCACCUCAAAGGCCUCGGCUCGUGUCAAAGCUUGCGACAUCAUGUUGGCUUUCGCAGAACGACUCUCGGACGAGGCCAAACUUGACCGCAUACUCCCUUAUGUCAUGAUCUUGCUCACCGAUCGCAUUGACUCCGUCAAAGUCGCUGCGAUUCGCACACUGACUCAACUUCUUGAGAUGGUCCGCGUCGUCUCACCAGUCAAUGCAUAUGUCUUUCCGGAAUACAUCUUUCCUCGCCUUCAUGCUUUCGUCGUGACUCCUCAAAAAAGACCAAGUCCCAUGGUUCGUGCCGCGUACGCUUCUUGCAUAUCAUCACUGGCGCACUCGUCGUUACGGUUCCUGGAUAUGGUUCAAGCGCUGCGUUCGGAUAGUCGUUUGACUCAUUUGAUUCCUGCCGGGUUUGAGCCUCGAUGGACGGAGGACGCAACCUACCACAAUCUCUAUGAUGUUGCUCGAAUCGACCUGCUGGAAUACUUUGAGGCGCACACCAAGGCGCUUUUGACAGAUACGGAUCCAUCCGUUCGCCGUGCCUUUCUCGGAUCGGUCUCCAGCUUAUGUGUCUUCUUUGGGAAUUUGAAAGCCAACGAAAUAGUUCUUAGUCAUCUGAACACCUACCUCAAUGACCGGGAUUGGAUUCUCAAAUGCGCCUUUUUCGAGGCAGUUGUUGGUGUCGCCACGUACGUUGGAAGUACCGCAUUGGAGCAGUACAUUCUUCCACUUAUGCUGCAGUCAUUGACCGAGCCCGAAGAAUUUGUCGUGGAGAAAGUGAUACGCUCGCUUGCCACAAUGGCUGGUCUGGGUCUUUUCCAGAGGUUAACGAUCUGGGACCUCCUUCAGAUGACGGUGGGUUUUCUCAUGCAUCCAAAUAUAUGGAUCAGAGAGGCCACCAUUCAUCUGAUCACAAAUGUGGCCAAGUUCCUAUCGGCUGCCGAUACCUUUUCGAUUCUUGCUCCUUUGCUUCGGCCGUAUCUUAAAGUCAGAACGGUUGAAAUUGUGGACGUUGAAUUAUUGGAAGCGCUCAAGCGACCUCUGAGUAGGAAUAUUUACGAAAUGGUAUUUCUCUGGGCCUCGAAAGCUGACAAGGGCGUCUUUUGGAAGUCAGCCAGCCGAAAUGCUUUCAGCCUCAUAGAUUCCGGGAGUCAAAGUGUUCGUGUUGGCCAAGAUCUGAAUCUUUCAAUGGCUUCUCAACCGAGGAAUGAUGAAGAUGAGCAGUGGCUUUCACGACUGCGCAACCUUGGUAUGGCGGCCGAGGAUGAAUUCAAGAUCUUGGCACUCAGAGACUACAUUGUGAGGGUAUCUGAACGGCAAUCCCGGGAUAUGGAAUCGGAAGCUUCACUGCCGCUCUCUGAUAUUAUCAGCCUUUCACAGCAUGGUGUCACUCCCCAGACUGUGUUCUUUGAUAAGAAUCUUAAUGAAAAAUCGCGGCGUACAUCUCAUCAAAGAAAUGCGAGCCAAGCUCGUGUCUCUCUCGAUGACCACAGACCUCGCACGAUUGCAGACGCCCUUCUUGAUGCCUCCACCACCAUUGAAAGACCGUCCUCCUCCCAUCGAAAACCAAUCAACAUUCGAAGUCAGCUUCGGAAAGAGAUCGACAUGUCAAGUCAAACGCAUGCUGCGAUAGAAUCCUCAACCUCUUCUCCCGUGACCUCGUCUCCAGCUGCAGCUCCGGGGCCACGCCUCAUGUCUCCGCCAGAUUCAGACGUUGAGCGGGCCCCCAAACCCCAUGGCCGCCGAUCUAGCUCAGGCCAAGAGAGCUCCUCAACCACUCCGACGAACGCGGAUACGCUCUCUGUGAGAGGGCUGUCAAUGCAUCGCAAACCCAGUGCUAUCAAUUUAUUGAAUCGUCGCGAGGUGGUGAAAGCUUUUGCAGAAACUGGCACAAGCUCGGCAAAUGCGAUCGGAAAGGUAGAUACCCCGGCGCAGAAGGCUUCACAGCAGUCGUCAGAUGCACCCAAUUCCAAGACCAAUCAAGCAGCGACGACUGCCCAGCGACACCGUGCGAGCCAUUCGUACACUGGGGACGAUCCGGUCGUCCUACGGCUUCUAGACAACGUCUUCGCAGAGAACUAUCCUACGGAUCUUUUUGACCUCGGACCAUAUGUCAAGGAGCUUGAUUCGCGUCACUCGAUUCCAAGCCCCAAUUCACAAAACGAACACACUUUGUGGCGGCCAGAGGGCAACCUUGUUGCGACGUUUGGCGAGCAUACCGGGCCAGUCAAUCGCAUUGCUAUUCCUCCCGACCAUUCGUUCUUCACGACUGCUUCAGAUGAUGGCACUGUCAAAGUGUGGGACUCUGUCCGGCUGGAGCGCAAUUUGACACCACGAUCUCGUCAAACAUAUCGUCACGCACCGGGGGCCCGAGUCAAGACACUGACCUUCGUUGAGAAUACGUAUACUUUCGUCAGCGGCGCCACGGAUGGAAGUAUUCACGCGGUGAAGAUUGACUACCAGAAAAUCAACGACACUGCUCGGUAUGGCAAGCUCCAGCUGGUGCGUGAGUAUCAGCUUCCGGUUGAUCAGAAUGGGGUGCAAGAGCAUGCUGUUUGGAUGGAGCAUUUCCGGGACGAGGGGGCAUCAACGCUUCUUGUCGCUACAAACACGUGUCGAAUUUUAGCGUUGGACAUGAAAACAAUGCUGCCGGUGUACACUUUGGAAAAUCCUGUACAUCACGGAACCCCGACUACCUUCUGCUGCGACCGGCGUCACACCUGGCUGCUGGUCGGGACAACCCACGGAGUCCUUGAUCUAUGGGAUCUUCGAUUCCGAGUCCGGUUACGAGCCUGGGGGUUGCCAGGGUGGGGUUCCAUUCACAGAGUCCAGCUGCACCCCCUCAAAUCACGAGGACGUUGGGUCUGUGUCUCGACCAGUGGAAGUCAUGGCAAUGAGAUCACCGUGUGGGAUGUCGAGAAAUUCCGCUGCCGUGAGGUUUACCAAGCGUCGCCCCUCAACGCCAGCGAGAUUGCUGGAUCAUCAUCAAAUGGGACAGCCAAUCCCGCCUCUCACCUUCCGCGUGGCUCUCGGCCCGCGGCAGUCGCUCGAGCUACCCGUCUUGACAUCAAGGACUUCGAGGCCUGGCCAGUGGACGAGGAUCGACCCGAGGGCAUGCUCAAUCGAUUCGCCACUGUUGGUCCUACUGCGGCUGGGGUUGUGGCUGGCUCGGCAGCUGGCGGGAACAACGGUUCGUCGUUGCCCUCGAGCGGCCUUGCAGGCGAUCGAAUGGGAACAUUAGCCUUUGUUGGGGGACUCAAUACUCCGGACGAUGACAAAAGCGCAAACAGUAACGGCAGGCUAGGUUAUAUUGUUUCGGCCGGGAGUGACCGGCGAAUUCGGUUUUGGGAUCUUGCCAACCCGGCCAAUUCCAUGAUCGUGAGCGGACUGGAUGCGGUAUCCCACGGGGCCGUCGCAGGAAAACCGCAGUAUGAGAGCAGUCAACCGGCGGCCAGUCUAUUCGCGGUCACAGAACGGAUGCCGCGGUCGUCGACUCAGAUCGAGGGGUCCACCGCGUCCAGCUCGAAAAAGGGUGCUAGUCCACGACCCCCACGGAGUACGGUGAUCAGCCUCCAACAGCAAAUGCUUCUGAAGAGCCACCUUGACAUUAUUCAAGAUGUCGCUGUCCUACGCCAGCCACAUGGUAUGAUUGUUAGCGCCGAUCGAGCAGGGAUGGUGUACGUCUUCAAGUAG